AUGUGCAGCUGGCCUGGUCUCGUCUCGGCUCAUCGUUCUGACGAUGGCGAUGAUGAUCGAGUUCGCGUAUUCUCAACAGGACGUAAAAUGAACCAGAACGGUGCGAACAUGCUGCCCAAUCGGGUGCCGAAGGUUGAAACGAAUCAAUCGCGACGAAUUGCGAAUGGACAGCCGGCGUCGUCGGUUCAACAGCAGCAGCCGUCGCAAGUGAUCAAUGGAAGAAGGGGAAACUCGAACGGCGUUAGCAUUGAAGAAGUACCAUCCGCACAGUAUAUCGAUAAUAUAAAUGGACAAGCGCCAAAAUAUGACGAGGAGAAAUUGCCAUUGUUUCUGAUCAAAUUGUGGAAUAUCGUUGAAGAUCCGACGAUUCAAUCGAUAGUUCAUUGGGACGAAUCCGGUGCCAGUUUCCAUAUUGCGGAUCCGUACUCGUUUUGUCGCAAUGUUCUUCCGCAUUAUUUUAAGCACAACAAUUUGAACAGUCUUAUUCGCCAAUUGAAUAUGUACGGAUUUCGCAAAAUGACACCGCUGAAUCAAGGCGGCUUAACGCGCACCGAAUCGGAUCAAGAUCACUUGGAGUUCAGCCAUCCGUACUUUGUGCAAGGACAUCCGGAACUCUUAGUGCAUAUUAAACGCAAGCAAUCGACAAGGACUGAAGACAAGAAUAUGUCGGUGCAGACGCAGCAGAAUCUCGAUUUGCUCAUGAGCGAGGUGCGAACUCUACGAGAGAAGCAUCGCAACAUGGAGGCUAAAAUGAACUCGCUAACGAAAGAGAAUCGCCAAUUAUGGGAUCAAAUGUCGAAUAUGCGUCAACAGCACAAUCGGCAGGCGGCAGUCGUCAAGAAACUGUUCCACUUCCUCGUCUCGAUGGUUCAGCCGAAUUUGUCGAAGCGCGUCGCUAAACGCGGUGUUCUUGCGAUUGAUGAGUACCCGGGCUCGUCGAGUCCGACGCCGAAACGCGCGCGACCCGAUGGACAGGGUCCCAGCGCGCCGGCGCAAUAUUCGGCGAACUCGAACGCGGUCAACGCGAAUCCGCUGACGUCGAACAACUUCUGCGAGAUGCUCGAGGCGCUCCAGCGUGAGCUCCAAGAACCACCAGUUCGCCGAUUCUCGAACAACGCUGGGCCUUUGAUCGCCGACGUCACCGACGAGUUUGGAAGCUCGCCGGGCGCAGCGAGCCGCGGCAACAGCUUUUCCGACGUCAACGGCGAAAUUGUUGGCAAUGGCGUUGGUGUCACGACGUACUCCGGGCCGAGUUCGCGCGAGGUCUCGCCGUCGCCCAACGUCGUCACACCUCAAUCAAAGCCAUCGCCGGAGCCCACCAAUGCGCUCACUUUUGAGCAACAAUUCGGCAAUCAGGUCUCGUCGGGCCCUUAUUUGGGAAGCGGUCCAUUGCUCCCGGAGCCGACCUACAAGCCGCCGGUUACGCAAAAGAUGGCGAAUCAGAUGAUUGACUCGAACAUCAAUCGGAAGCAGCCGAAGAGAAGCUUCAAGAAUCAGAAUCAAUAUGCGGGAAAUGCGACGGUUUACCAACCAACAGGACAAAUUGUUCAACAUAAUCCGAAUGUUCAGGGAUCUCUUAUGUACGAGCCGCAGAAUCAAGUGGCCCUUCAAAAACGGGACGUGGAUCCGAUUGAUCCAAAGAGCAAUUUGAACUCACUCAACUAUGAUCAUCAGGAAUCUUAUUCGCCUUCCCUUGUAAUGUCGCCGACAUUGGAGCGUCAGAUCUCGCAAGAGUUGCAGGAAUACCUCAACGGCGUCGACUUCUCCAUUGAAAACUGCCGCGAUCUCAUCAAUGCUCACGAUUGGGACAAUUUUGGCGACAAUUUGGAGGAGGAUUACUCGAAAUAUGAGCAAAACGGACCACAACAAUUGGCUUUGGAGCAUAUGCCGAAGAAUGAUGGACUUGGGCAGAAUAUCGAUCCGCAGAUGCAAAUGGUUUCGCCAGCAAUCGGAGAUUUGAACGGUUUUGAUCCAUUCGCGGAAGGCGGCUAUCCAUCAGUGCCUGUUGAUCAAGAGCAGGUAGAUCAAUACCCAACAACGCCGGUUCUAUUGACGCCCGGUUCAAGCCCGUCGAGGAUGUAA